AUGUUUUUCCGCAGGUCACGUCAGAAUAAUCAAGUGAGUUAUGGGCUUAAAGACCACUAUCUGAGAAAACAGUCGUUUGAUAUUGGUUUGGUUGAACAGUAUGACUUUUGUGGUUUUGGUCUAUUUCAAGCGUUAAAUAUAACAAAAAUUUUUUGGCUAAGUGCAAUCGGAGUGUACAGUGGUCAGGCAGCAGUUUUCGGUGUCGAUUACCCUUUAUCUUAUAUGCCAGAACUACUUGCUGAUUUAGAUGACCAGAUGACUUUUUUGAAUCGUGUGGAGAACACACUUACAGCUACGGUUCUCUCAGUAGCACAUAAAUUCGUGUUUAACUUGGAGUUGCUUUUAUACAGGAAACAUUUACAGAGUGGUAUCAAUCCCUCUCAGCUUCUUGGCAAUGUUCAAUUUAUUGUUGCCAAUGCACUUCCAAUUAUCGACUUCGUGGCACCAACGAAUGACAGAAUUGUCUAUGUUGCUCGAUCAGCUGAGAUUAAAAAAGCUUCUUAUAUGCAGGCAACAUUGAAAUUUCGCAAUGAGUUUUGCAGGAAUGGUUUAGCAUCGUACAGCGCUCUACACAUGGAUUUAUUCUGGUAUCUUUUGGCUCGAUAG